CUUCUGCUAACAUCCUAGGGGAAACUCUUACUCCUUAUUCCCAUGGAAUGGGAAUUUAAAAUCAAAGGAAUGAGACCUAGGGCAAAAGUUGAGACAGCAGGGAGGCACUAGAAGAACUAGAAGCUUUUCAACAUUGGCAUUAUUUCCGUGCAGAAUUAAGAAGUUCUGUAUGUCUGUAUGGAUACCAAAGAUGACAAGCGGUUCAGCCUUGCACUGCAGAUUAACAAUUUCAAAGCAGCCUUGGUUGAUUUCGAUAAAUUAGUUGAACAUACAACAGCCCAAAAAAAGGAUGAAAGAGCAGGGUUGUUUAUCCCCAAAGAAGAUGCAAUUGAUUAUGACAAGUUUUAUGCCACAGUGCAGCAGCUCUUUGGCCCUGAAGUGAAAAAUCAAGAUGUGAAAUGUUUUUACAGGAAACUUUGCAACAAUCCUGAUGCAUCUUUCGACUGGUGUGAGAUCUUCGGCUAUUUCUCCUCAGAAGGAGAUUCUCUUACUUCGCAGAUGGAUGAAGAAAAUUUGGUUUUCCUUGUGUCCAGGAAACAGCGAAUUGUGAUUUCAGGUAGCAGAAGACGAGAUGUGAUCAAAUGCAUUGUGAAGGUCCCACAGUUGGAUUUAUUGAUAACUGCAUCUCAGAAAGGAUUGAUAACAGUCUUUAACAGUCAGAUGAGAAUUCAGACCAGCACCAAUGUUACAGAUACCUCCUGGAUCACGGGCUGUGAUUACCUGGGCCAGCUUAAGCGAAUCGUUGCCACUACCGAGAGGACCAUUAUCGUCUGGGAUCACAAAGCUCAAGGGAGUAGCCAGGAGCACUAUUUUGUCAUCAAGCCCAUGGACCACUGCCUGCUGUGUGUGUGUGUGGUGCCCCUCCCUGACCAGCUCUGCAGAGAUGACAUCCUCCUGGGGGAUGAUGGUGGAUUUGUGAACAGGUUCACUGUAAACAGUGACGACUUUGGAUUAAAGCAGGCGAAAACAAAGAAGAAAUUACAAACCCAGGUCCUAGACUCCAAAAACUUUAAAAGUGUUAAAAGGAAGCUGCAUAAUGAUUGGGUUAUGAAAAUCAGAUACAUUCCAACUCUCAAUUGCUUUGGAUCCUGCUCCUUAGACAGUGUCCAUUCAUUAGUUCUGGAAUCCUUGAAGAGACUUGAGGACAAUUUGCCUGUCAGAGAAUUUGCCAUGCCAAGAGGAGCCAAUACUUUCUGCUACUGCAUUAAAGCAAACGUGAUUGUGACUGGAGGAGAUGAUAAAGUCCUCCGGUUGUGGCACCCCAAUAUCAGCACUAAACCAGUUGGGAAGCUAGUGGGGCACAUGUUCAGCAUCACAGAGAUCGUAAGCAAUGAGAAAGAGCAGCAUGUCAUCAGCCUCUCCUCCGCAAAGGUCUUCCGAGUGUGGGAUAUCCAAACUCUAUCAGUAUUGCAAGUCUUCCACGAUAGCCAAGGAGGGCCAGGAGACAUGCAGAUUUAUUCUAUGGUGUAUGAUGCCAGCCAUGGUAUGCUCAUUACAGGUUCAAGUGUUAUAGACAUGUAUCCCUUGACCAGGAUGAUACAGGACACAAAGCAGGUGCCUCACACUCACGAACGAGAAAUCAAUGUCAUGUUGUACAACAAAUACUUCCACCAAGUGCUCACUAUCUGCUCAGAGUCCAUAAUCAAGGUAUGGGAACUUGAGAGUGGCCUCCAGAUAUACCAGAUUCUAGACCCUCAUGGCUUCAAUAUUGAACUAACCUGUGCAGCUAUUGAUGAAAGUGGAUAUCUUUUUGCCACAGGAGCAUAUAAUGGAACAGCUAAGAUCUGGGACUUUGGCAGUGGCCAGGAGAUGAAGAUGCUGCCGGAAGGGAAAGACUGGGCAGAAGAGGAACACGGGCUGCUGCGCCUGUUUUUCCUCAAGGCCCAGGUGAAGCACCAGCAUCUUGUCCUCGCCUUGGAGCGCAACGGGACUAUCAAGAUGAUCCAGGGAAAAGAAGAUGAUUUCCUCCUCGUGGUGAUAUGGGAGCUGCCUGAUGCCAUGCCUUACCUACAGUAUGGGAGCCAUAUUGUACAUCUGAAGAUGUCAACUAAAGAAAGGGUGAUGGCCAUUCCUUUUCCAGAUGUUGAGUUAAUUGUCCAGAAAAGUUUUACUCAACAAACUAAUAAUAAUCCUGCCAUCGAUGUUGAGGUGAACUGCAUUGAUUUGUUUCAAACAGAAGGAUAUAAUCUGAUAGUUUGUGGAACGUUGAAUGGCAUGAUUAUCUUAUGGAAUUUUAUAACAGCUACUGUCAAAGAAAUAUACCGGCCUGAGGACUGUUUCUCCACAGACCCUGAGUUGGAUCCCAAACGCUUUCGGAUUAAUGACAUAAUGUUCCUCUUCCGACCCCCUGACUGUAUAAGGAGAUCGAGUCAGGAUUCCAUCUGCUCAUCAACCCAGUGUGACUCAAGCAAGGGCCCACAGAGUAGCAAGGGAAGUAAACAAAGUAUACAUGACACCGAAGUCAAAGGUGAGCAAACAGACAUGGUGGGAGAGCAGCAGCCAGCGAGCAGGAAACAGCCCACCCCCGUGGAAGUGCAGCCUCCUAUCGUGGUCACUGCGCACGAGGACGGACACCUCCGCCUGUGGACGCUGGAGGGGAAGCUUCUGAAAGACAUACUGCCCUUCACAAAGCACUCAGCCAUUUCUCUGACAUCACUGUACACUGACUCGUGCUGCAGGACACUGCUGGCCGGGAAUGUAGAAGGACAUGUUAUCCUUUGCAGUAUUAGUUCCUUCUUGGAUCAACCUCAUGAUGAAAAGAAAUUCAAGCAGCUGCUUUCCUGGCGUGCCCAUUCCUUAGAAAUUAUUCAAGUGAUAUAUGUGGAAGACAAGCAGCUGGUGCUUACUGCCUCCAUUGAUGGCUCAGUGAGGCUCUGGCACUCCACCAGUGGGCAUUACUGUGGCUAUUUUGGGCAACGCAGAAUGUUUGAGUUAUCCCAAACAAGCGAUUUUAUUUUGCCAUGUGAUGUUAAUGAAUAUCCUGUAGAGAUAAAAGAAGAAACCAAGUUCACAGAGAAGAAACAAAAAUAUGAAUAUCCUCUGAUAUUUGACCGUGAAAGAUGGAAAAAAAUGAGCUCAAUGUCUUUGCUUUUCAAACGCACACCUCCCAAGCCCUUUGAAGUGCAACACGAUUUUAAAUUUUUCAAGUCUCUUUCUUCUCCAAAGAUUCGCCGAUAUGCUUUGGAAGGCUUCAUGACAGAAAACAGAGAAGCAGGGAUUGUUUUUGGUUCUCUGCCUAUAUACAGGGUGCCAAGUCCCACAAGUCUAAGAUUCCUUCCACUCAUUGGCUCUGAAGCACAAAGGGAGUCAGUAGAGGUAGUUCCUGGGAAGAAGAGAGGCACCCAUGUUCAACAUGAAAAAUCACGGAGGAAAAGCAUGAAAAGAAAUCUAGUCCCACAAAUAAAUCUGGCUUCAUCCUUCUUCCCAGCCUUGCCCAAGUGAAGAGGAGACUCAGAACUGGCUGUAGUACAAGAGGCCACAAAGUCUGGACAACACCCCAUCUGUACCACAAAUUGGUUAGACAUCCCUCUAUCUCAGGUGAUCCUAGAAAUGAUGAUUACUCAAGGAGUUCUGGUGACCUCAACCUGACAACAAGCUAGCAACAGCCUGCAGCCGGUUUGCCAAUUUCUACACAUGGAAAAACGUGUAAUGAAUAGGCAAUGUCUCUCGUAUGAAUAGGCAAUGUCAAUGUCUCUUGUAUUGUCAACAAGAUGGCACGAGGAAACAUGGAAUCAGUAGCAUAAAUAGACCCCUAAUGAUAUGGCUAGUGAUGAUUAGCUUUCACCUCACUUCUGCCUGUUGUUCACCCCAGUCCAUAACCACAAUUAGAAUGUGUGCAGUAAAGGUCAAAUUACGUGUGUGUCAUGCUGUGUGUAUACAAAGAGGAUUAUUGUCAUUACUUCUUUAUUUAUUUGAAGCUGAACCUAGGGGCCUGACAGUCAACUACAUCAGCAGCUGUUUUGAGAUACGGUUUCACUAAGUUGAUCUGGGAGGCCUUGAAUUUAAGAUUACUCUGCUUCAGCCUCCAGAUCUUCCAGGAAAAUUAUUAUUAAACAAGAAAAACAUCCCUGUCCAGCCUCUUACUUGUUUUUCUGCUUCAUCAACUGUAGUGUCACCUGGAGAUGUGAAGGAGAAUUCCAGGAAUCAAGCUGUGACUACAAAAGCUGAUUGCCUGAUGAGAAUGUCAGUGACAUGGAGAGAUUGAAAUGUUGCAAGUCCAGAGCCAAAUUACUUUGGGGGCAUCUCUAAUUCCCUUAGUAGCUAUUUAUUGUCUGCCUCUAUGCAUGACUCAGUGUCUGCUGCGACCCUUAGGUAAAUCCUUUGGAAUGUAUGAACAGGCCCCUAGUUUCUACCAAUCAAAGAGCUAAGAAUGCAGUCAGAUAGCAUCUAAGGCCUAAAGCUGAGUUUACUCCAACUUUUCUGUAGCCUGCCUUCCUGAUGUGAUGUCUUAGUUACUAUUCUAUUGCUGUAAAGACCAAAGAAACUCUUACAAAAGAAGGCAUGUAACUGAAGUCUAGCUUACAUUUCCAGAAGGUUAGUCUACUGUCAAGUCAGGAAGCAGACAGACAGACAUGGCACUGGAGCAGUAGCUGAGAACUUUACAUUCUUAUCCACAGGCAGCAGACAGAGAGACACUGGGCCUGGCAUGGGCUUUUGAAACCUCAAAGCCCACUACUGUUGACACAUCUCCUCUCAUGAGGGCACAUCUCCUAAUCAUUCUAAAACUUUCAUCAGCUAGGGUCUAAACAUGGAAAUAUAGGAGCCUACAAGAGCCGUUUUCACUCAUUGCCACAUGUGCUCAACAAUAUUUGAAAAAUGUGUUAAGUUUACGACUUCCUUUGUUCUGUUACCAUAAAAGUUCAUAAAAUCACUGCCUUUUUGGAACAUGGUAUUUGAAGAAGUCUGAUCAUGUUCCUCCACCACGGUCACGUAUAUUUGGCUCUAGAAUAAACUCUUUUAUUCUUCGA